AUGGCGCGCGGCCUGACUGACUCGGAGCCUAGAUUUGGGCUGGCACUAACGGGGGCGGGACGAAACAAGGCGGAGGCCAUGGGCCCUGGAGCUCCUGCUAGGGUAAGAGCGGCCGCGAAGGCCCGGGGCGAGAGAGGCCGAACUCUCCGGAAGGGCUUGGUUUUCAAAGAUGAUGUAUCAUCUCACUUGGACGGAGUGCAUCCGCUUUCCUUGAGCAUUCGCUGCCUUGGUCGUUGCUAUCUUACAGCCUUGGUGCCUGUGACAUUUGAUGAAGUGACCAUAUAUUUCACAGAGCAGGAAUGGAGAAGCUUGGAUGAAGGGCAGAAAGAGCUUUACAAGCAUGUGGUGAAGACCAAUUAUGAAACCUUGGUCUCCUUGGGCUGUGCCAUUCCCAAGCCCAACUUGAUCACCUGGAUUGAACAAGGGAAAGAACCAUUCAUCAGAGAUCAAAGAAACUUAGGGACAAGAGACCUGACAAUUGGCAUCAAAACUGAUGAACAUCUUGACUUGAAACUCACCAAAAUGCAGUUGCUUUGUGGGGACUCUGGAUCUUCACAUUCAAUACAACAGGAAAGCCAUGGACAUGACCCUCAAAAUGAGAACUGCUCUAGGCUCUUACCAUUCCAUUGUAGUGAGUGCAGCAGGGGCUUCACCCACAAGUCUCAGCUCGCCAAUCACAUUAGAGUUCAUAGGCCAAAGAAAUAUUUCUGGUGCACGGGGUGUGACAAGAUCUUUGCUGGAAAAUACGAAUUACUCCGGCACCAACUUCUACACACAGGAGAGAGACCCUUCCAGUGCCCCAAAUGUGACAGAAGAUUCCGCCAAAAGGGGCAUCUUCUUAGGCACCAACGCCUGCACACAGGAGAAAGGCCCUUCCAGUGCCCAGAGUGUGAUGAGUGCUUUAGGCUAAAAGCUGACAUGAAGGCCCAUCAGCGCCAGCACAGAGGAGAUAAGCCAUUUUCCUGUAGUGAAUGUGGUAAGAGCUUCACCAAACAUUGUUAUCUCACUGAGCAUAUCAGACUGCAUACGGGAGAAAGACCCUUCCAGUGCCCAGAGUGUGGCAAAAACUUUCGAAUGAAAGCAGACAUGAGAGUCCAUCAGCGAAGACACAUCAAGGCCAGGUCAUUCUGCUGCAAUGAAUGCGAUAAGGCAUUCCCCAAGCAGUCCAAGCUCACAGCCCACAUCAAGGUGCACACAAAGAAACAGCACUAUAGGGCCCUGCUGUUUGGACUGAUGGACCUUGACUGGGGUUGA